AUGGCCGGCGUUCAAGGAGUGCGUUUUAACGUCGCAGAAAAACCAGGCAAAAAAUACAAAAAGGAGUUGCGUUUGUACAAGAAAAUCCCAGUGUGGAUAUGCGAAUAUCAUCAAGAAGUAUUGCCGUAUAUUUACCGAGCAAUCGGAUCAAAAUAUUUGUCAUUUUCUGGCCUAAUGUUUUUGCAUUUUGAUUCCCAUCCGGACUUGAUGGCCCCGUUGGAAAUGCAAGCUGAAAGUGUUUAUAACAAAGCGAUAUUGUUUGAUGUUAUUAGUAUUGCGGAUUGGAUAUUACCUGCGGUUUACGCUGGACAUAUUAGCAAGGUUAUAUGGGUCAAGCCACCUUGGUCGAAUCAGAUUUCAGACAAAACUUUGAUGUUUCAUGUUGGUCGACACAAGUCUGAAGGAACGAUAAGAGUCUCCUGUUUUGAGAAGUAUUUCUGUGAAGAUGGACUGUGUGCAUUGGAGAAGGACUUAGAAAACUGUCAAGAACUUACUGUUGUUGUCAUUACAAUGCCUGUCAACUGUUUGCAGUCCAAGUUAACUUGUGGUAAUGAAUCAGAAGAAAACUUGAAAGUCAAUAUUCCUGGAGGAAUGAUGGCUUGUGGUGGCAAUCUGGUUGUAAAUGAAUGCGUAUGCCUUCAGGACAAGCCAAAAAAUAUCUCCUCACAUAAAAGUGAUUGCUUGGAUGGGAAAGUAAAAAACGACAUUCAAUUAUUUAUCAGUCAAAUAUCAUCUCAGCUGGAGGAACCUUUCAUUCUGGACAUUGAUAUGGACUUUUUCUCCACCUUCAAUCCCUUCAAAACAAUGUUUACUGAGGAUGAAUUUGAAGAACUGCGAAAAUUUUACCAAUUCCCUGGCAUUGAUUGUCACCAAGAAGAGCAUUCAGCCAUGAUCGACGCUUCGCAAAAACACAAGAAUAACGUGGAAAAACUUGAAAGAACACUAAAUAUCAUGAAAGAAAACAAACAUGAUUUAUCGGCUGAAGAGAAACGUUCAUUGUCUGUUAAUCAAGAGUUCAUGCAGUUCAUUGAGAAAUGGAGGGAUUCGCGCGGAGAAAGUAUUGAUUAUGAAGUGCUGCACUCCGCUGGGAUGACAACUAAUCUUCCUGUCCAUCACACUGAUGAACGAGACAUUGUGCAAAUGAUCAAGAACAUGGAACAUCUUUUACAUUCAAUCCCGAAACCCACUGUAGUAACAGUCGCAAGGUCUUCCGAUGAUGACUACACCCCUCCGAGCUCUGUGGAUUUCAUUCAAACCUGGCUGAUCAAGUGUCUUGAGAAUUGCUUCGGAGAGAGUAUCGAGUUCUUUUACGAAUACAGAGAUGAGUAAUCCACUAUCCAGGUUGGUGAAGUGUACUCAAAAAGCAAGUGGACUCCAUGCAUAUGUAUUGUAUGAAUAAGGAAGGAAACGACUGGCUCAAUAUCUCUGUGUUUUGUGCGGCGCCCAGUGGGAACACUUUAUAUAUAUAUAGAAUCAAGAUGAAAACAAUUUCUCACCUAGCAACACUUAUCAGGAACAGGUCAAUAUAAUAUACCCACCCGUUAUCCAACUGAACUUCUAGCCAUUAUGUAAUUCAUCAUUUAUCGUUAUUCAUUUCCUUAAUUGAGAAUUUGUCGUUUUCAAAGAAAGUAAACAUCAACAUAUAAGCAUAGAGAUACUAAACCAUCAGGCUAGCUAUACGAAGUAGCUC